CUCUCUCUCUCUCUCUCUCUCUCUCUCUCUCUCUCUCUCUCUCUCUCUCUCUCUCUCUCUCUGGACCGGAGUAUGGCCAGUGAACCUGUGAUCCUGAAUGUGUAUGACAUGUAUUGGAUUAAUGAGUAUACCUCCACUCUGGGGAUCGGAGUUUUUCACUCAGGAAUAGAGAUCUAUGGCAGAGAAUUUGCCUAUGGCGGUCACCCGUACCCCUUCAGCGGGAUCUUCGAGAUCAGCCCGGGAAACGCCGCCGAGCUCGGAGAAACCUUCAAAUUCAAAGAGGCCAUCGCUCUGGGCACGACGGACUUCACAGAGGAAGACAUCGAUAAGAUCAUGGAGGAGCUGGGGAAGGAGUUUAAAGGGAACGCGUAUCACCUAAUGCACAAAAACUGCAACCACUUCUCCUCCGCGCUCUCUGAGUUGCUGUGUGGGCGUGAAAUCCCUCGCUGGGUGAACCGUUUGGCGUAUUUUAGCUCCUGUAUUCCGUUCCUGCAGAGCUGUCUGCCUAGAGAGUGGCUCACUCCGGCCGCGCUGCAGAGCCACAUCAGCUCGCACCCGCACACGCACCCGCACAGCGAGUCCAGCGACGAGGAGCCCUCGGGGGCCGUAGGGGGGGCGGCACACACCUGCAGACACACACGCGUCUGAUCUUAUUCACUACGACACACACACACACACACACACACAGGCUGCGUCUCAAACGGCCCCCUCCUCCCUCUGUAGUGCACUAUAUGAAAUCAUAGCUUCAGUGCUUAUGUAGUGCACUAUAUGUCCACUAGGGGGCCAACUGGGAUUCAGCCACACACACAGACCUCUGAGGACGUGUUGUUGCAGGCUGAUCUGCGUCCACUGCCUGGUUUGCACCACUGACGAUACAUUUACCGGCACCAACUGGCACGACCCAGUCUGUACUGCACUGUACAAGCCAUAACGAAACGGCCUUAUUCUUCAGCAGUAAUUACUUUAAUUACUAAUUACCUGCUCAGCUGGUGAGCUGUACUUAACUCAAUUCGACUUUAUUGUCAUUAUACAGUACAACAAAACACUUUAGGGACAUUUCUCUGGUGCAUAAACAUUAAUACAAUGACAUGCAUGCAAAUGCAAAUGCACUAGUUGGGUGACAGUUUGCCUACACAAAAUAAGUUAAAAAACAACACAUAGACAAUACAGUAAACAGACAACAGACAAUAAAUACAGAAUAAACUAGAGACACAGAGGUGCUGUGGUGCAUAGACGGUGUGUAUAUGUAUGUGCAAAAUGUGCAAAAUAGGCAGCAAUUAUAGAGACAGUGUUCAGAAAACAAUACAUAUAUUACAAGUAUGUUACAGAUAUACUGCAAGUAUAGAUGUUUACCUGUAAAACACAGUGAUUUGCAGUAUUGCAUUGUGUAUUAGUAUGCACCACAAUAACAAUAGUAUUAGCAAAGCUGGCCAAAUGUAGGCUCAGGCCCAAUCCCAUUUCUUAUUUUACCCCUACCCCUUGUUUUUGAGUGUUGCUCUUUGGAACUGAGUUCCAGGGUAGUGGCUGAAA